AUGUAUCGUGUACUUGAUGGAGAAUGGGAUUGUUUAAAUACGAGAGAGUUUUACACAAGAGACACUGCAGGACAGACCAUGACAGGAGGGAAACUCGAAGAACUGGCGGACACUCUAGAUGAGCUGCAGGAUGCCGUUGAGGACCUCCUUACCUUGCACGGGUACUCCGACGGGGCUGGACUCGAGCGGGCAGGUGCACAUAGACAGUCGGAGGAGCUACUUGCACUUGUGAAUGAGACGUUCCACCAGUUGGGUGCAUGCAAGGAUGUUGUUGGUGGCCGAUCUGAGAGGAGGAAGAUAGACGUUGAGAGGUACAACUCCCUCCUCGAUAGGUAUGCACACCUGCUAGAGAAAUUGGACAGUGUUGCUAUAAAAUUGAGCCCCUACAGGCCCACUGAAACGCUAAGGAUCGGACUUGACGAUGUUCGUGCAGACAUUGACAGGGGAACGUCUCAACAAGGUGCUGCCAAACAGCCGUCCAAGUCAGUCAGGUUCAAGAACAACAUUGUAGAGUCGUCACCGGUGGUGCCCUUUGCACCUUAUAGAGAUGCAGUUCACCCCAAUGAGGAGCUCAACAGGGGAAGUGACGUUCCAUAUAGCGAUUCUCUCCUUGACGCGGUCAACGAGCAUCUAGACCUGGACUCCCCGACUAUCGAUAUGUCCAAUAAGGGGGUGUUUAUUCAUAACCAGCGGAUGUUUGAUCGACAGGAUUCACAGCUGGAUCAACUACAUACCUCGGUAAAGCAGCAGCGUCAGAUAUCCAUGGCCAUAAAUGACGAGGUAUCGGAUCAGUUUGUACUUAUGGACGAUCUCGAGCAUGGCUUAGACGCCUCCAAUAGUAGAAUGGUGCAUUCAAAUAACAAACUGUUGCAAUACCGACAGGCACUAAAGAAACGUGGAGAUUGGAUAUGUAUUUUCCUGCUUAUCUUCAUCCUUCUCUUUCUCUUAAUUGUUGUUAAGUGA